CGAAAAUGAGUGUACAUGUUCAAAUGCUAUUUCAACAGUUACAGAAACAAGUUUUUUGGGUGAUGUUACAACUGAAUUCUUAGAUAUUUCAACAGGAUUUGUGGAUUCUGUGGAAACCAGACUGGACAAGGAUGAAAAUGAAAAUGAUAUUAAAGCUAAGCUUACUGGAAAAAAACUCAAGAAAGAGUAUGGGUUCUUCUGAUAAUUUAGUUGCAGAGCAACCACCAGUUAAAAAAGGGUUUACACAGUUGGAUGCUAAUACUGACAACUUAAAUGUAAGGUUUGGAGACUUCAAAUUAUUGGAAAAAAUAGGGGAGGGUGGUUUUGGUGAGGUUUACAAAGGUGAAUAUUUGGGAACAGAUAUUGCAGUGAAGAAAGUUAAGAUAAAACGCAUGAAAGUUGUGAAACAGUCAGUGUUGCAAGAAGUUGUCACAAACAGUCAUCUUAGGCAUCCAAACAUUGUUCUACUGAUGGGUUACUCAAUCAAUACUGACUGUCUCUAUCUUCUCACAGAGUUCAUUGCAGGUCCAAAUUUGGAUGAUGUGCUUUUUGCUGACAAUGAGUACGAAUUUACUGUGCCUCAAAAACAUGCAGUGGCAUUGCAAGUAUGUCAGGGUGUAGCAUAUUUACAUAAUCAUAAUCCAAUAGUUAUUCACAGAGACAUUAAGCCUGAAAACAUUUUGCUGACGAGAAAUUUGGAAACGGCAAAACUUUGUGACAUGGGAUUGUCUAAGGUGAAGGUAAUGAAUACCAUGACCAAAACAGUUGCAGAUCGCAGAGAGACACAGCCAGGAACUCCAGCUUAUCAAGCUCCAGAGAUUCUUCUGCAAGCUAGGAGAGGCAGAACACAAGCAGAUGUUUGGAGCCUCUGUUGUUCAUUAGUUGAGCUCUUUACUGCCAAAACCAUAUGGGACUUGACCAGUGAGGAUGAUGAAAAUGACGACUCUGUCCAGGUUAUAAUCCGGGCAAUGCAAUGA